UAUUUAUAAGUUAUGAUUUGGUGUAGCCCUUUACACACUCCUAGAAAUUUUUAAAUAUGGCACGAUUUCAUCACUAAUCUUAGCAUUUAUAAGGGCUCCAACCCACAUGGGCAAAACUUCAUCACAACCCAAACUCUUCCAUUUAUUCUAAUCAGCCAGCCAACGCCUGAGACCUCAAGUUGUCAGUAACAAGCCCCAAGUUUUAGAAGUUUGAGAGAGAGAAAGAGAGAGAGAGAAUAGAAGCAAUUACAUUUAUAUACUAUGCUUCCAAUGCAUUGAAAAUGCUGAAGAAUUAAUUUACUCAUUUAUGUGUUGGAGAUGUGUUUCCCUUGGCACAAUCAAAAUCUAGGAACACACAAUUUUGUUUUGUUCAAUGGAAGAAGACAAGAUCAAUGUGAACAACUUCAAAUGGAUUCUUCAAUAGAAACAAAGAAGACAAAUUUCUUAAACAUGGAUUUCAGCUUGUGUUUCAACUCUCCAAUCAUUUACAACCUUGUACAUUUUCUUCUUGUUUUUUCUUUGGUUUGUCCUGUUUUUUCCUCUUCAGAAAUUGGUAACGACCCAGUUGCUAAUAACACUUUUAAACCAAAGGAAGAGUUACAAAAAUUGAUUAUCAUAAGAAAUCAUCUUCAAAAGAUCAAUAAACCUUCUAUUAAGACAAUUCAGAGUCCUGAUGGCGAUAUCAUAGAUUGUGUUAUUUCUCAUCAUCAACCAGCUUUUGAUCAUCCUUUAUUUAAAGGACAUAAACCAUUGGAUCCUCCAGAAAGGCCUGAAAAUCAUAAUAAAAUGGAUGUAUUGAGUGAUAAUUUUCAAUUAUGGAGUUUAUCAGGCGAAUCGUGUCCAGAAGGAACAAUUCCAAUUCGAAGAACAAAAGAAGAAGACAUGUUAAGAGCUAGUUCUAUAAAUAGAUUUGGAAGAAAAUUAAGAAGACAUGUUAGAAGAGACACAAACAGCAACGGACAUGAGCAUGCAGUUGGAUAUGUGACUGGAAAUCAAUAUUAUGGAGCAAAGGCUAGCAUAAACGUGUGGGCCCCACGUGUGGCAAAUCAAUAUGAAUUCAGCUUAUCCCAAAUGUGGGUCAUUUCUGGUUCAUUUGGAGAUGAUCUCAAUACCAUUGAAGCUGGUUGGCAGGUCAGCCCUGAGCUCUAUGGGGACAGUUACCCUAGAUUCUUUACUUAUUGGACGAGUGAUGCAUAUCAAGCUACUGGAUGUUAUAAUUUACUUUGUUCAGGUUUUGUUCAAACUAAUAAUAAAAUUGCAAUUGGAGCUGCAAUAUCUCCAACUUCUUCUUAUUCUGGGGGACAAUUUGAUAUUAGCUUGCUCAUUUGGAAGGAUCCAAAACAUGGAAAUUGGUGGCUUGAAUUUGGGUCUGGAAUUUUAGUUGGAUAUUGGCCAUCAUUUUUGUUCACACAUUUAAGGGAUCAUGCAAGUAUGGUACAAUUUGGUGGAGAAAUUGUGAAUUCAAGACAAGGGUCUCAUACUUCAACUCAAAUGGGUAGUGGCCAUUUUGCUGGAGAAGGUUUUGGAAAAGCAUCAUAUUUUAGGAAUUUGCAAGUUGUGGAUUGGGAUAAUAAUUUGAUACCCUUGUCAAAUCUUAGGGUUCUAGCUGAUCAUCCAAAUUGUUAUGAUAUACAAGGAGGAAUAAAUAAUGUUUGGGGGAAUUACUUUUACUAUGGUGGACCUGGAAGAAAUGUGAGAUGUCCCUAAAGGAAUAAAUAGCAUAUAGAAGUGAAUCUUCUUUUUCUUUUGGGUAUUUUUGGGUUUGGGUUAUAUUGGUUCUCCUUUUCAAGGGCAUUCAAGGUGCUUGGAGUAAUUUAUUCUUAUAUUUAAAUUAAAUUUGGUCAGGAAUUUUUUUAAAAAAAUGUUGACUAACAUGUCAUCCAUUGAUUAUACCAUUACUGCAUGAACUCUUAUGUAAAAAUCUUAAAAGAGAAAUAGUAAAUAUACUUUGUACCGUUAUUGGCA